GAUUUUUCAUAGGGAUAUUAUUCUUAAAUGGAGAUUGUGAUUCCGAAGGAAUACUUUGUAAAGACGUGGUUAAGAAUGAAAUAAAUUUUAAAGGGUCGGUAAUAUCGUAGGUAUAAAAUGAUAUCGUGAUUCACUGGUUAAUUGGAUGUGGAUUUAAAAGGACUUUAGAUAUUUUCUCGAGGUUUUAUGUUUAAAUUCGAUGGGUAGACUAUGGGGAGAUACGUACAGUCUUGUCGAUCGGUGAUUAUCACAGAGAAAACCUCGGGACAGAGCAUCACCUUGUACCUACUUGUAGCAAAUACCCAUUUCUUUGAUCCUCGCAUCCCUUUGAUCUCUCGACACCCCCCGGACGCUCUUCGUGCCAUCGUCGUUGCACACAAGUAACUCAUCCUCCCCAAGUGGUGCCUCCUAACAAAACAAUUUCAAAGUCUCUUCAAAGUGUACCACACGGCAUUGUGUAUUUGACUCAAAUAAAAUAUAGAGUCUAUUGCCUUUGCUAUCCUUUGCUUUCGCCAAACGCCGUCGUUCCUCUUGUUUUCAGCCGGAAAAGAAUCCGAGAACUUCCCUUUGUAACAGCCGCGAACGAUCAUCCGUAUAAACCGGAAACCGACCUUCGUCAUUUGAAUUAUACCGCUUAAAAGAGUCUUGAAGGAGCUCGGUCGGUAAGAAAGUUUGAGAUUUAUAUCGCAAUCGAUAACUUCGUUUAAAAAAUUGAGUUCACAUUUUUGAGAAGAGAAAGACACGUCAAAUGUCAACCAGAAUGAAAUUAUAGCGUAUAAAAUUGUACUUUGACCUAAAAACAAUUUAAAAAAUAUAUUUUCUAAUAUUUAAUCUACUGAACAAAAUUUUUCAAUUUCGUCAUGACUUUCGAUACAAUCAAUAAUUAUCGUGGAAGAAUCUCAGACCUAAGCUCAAUAGACUGUUCUCAGGAUAUAUGCGAAGAUGAUAAAGAAUCGUGUUGGGAUACCGAAGAUGUGGUUGAUCUAAGUUGCACAGCUUCUGGAAAAUAUGAAGAUAUCAAUCCGUUGGAUAUGAUCAAUGACGAAUCGAAACACCUGUCGUUAGCUGAUUAUCUAUAUCAAAUGAAUCCAAAACAACCUCCAAAAUUUGAUAGGACUGUAAAUCGUCGUCAAGAAGAAAUUAGACCUGAACGAUAUAUAGAUUUUCGAAAAAACCGAUCUAUGGAUCCUUUUCAAGAAGAAUCUGGGAAAACGAAAUUUUUAGAAAGAUCUGCUAAGAUGCCAGUUCAAAAAUUCAACGAUUAUCCCAAUAAAACUUAUGAAAUAGAAGCUAGUCCCGCCGGUACAGUCAGUGUGAGGUGCACUCCAUCCAGUCCGGAAAUAGUGGGAACGCCAUCUGAAGUCGUGAUAAAACUAAAUGAAGUUAUGAAGAGAUACAUCCCUCAACGUAACGGACUCCUGCAGGGGGAGAUCAACAAAGAAGUAGACGAGGUAGAAAAUGACACUGGAAACAGCGCUGCUCAAGAACCAAAAGAUCUUGAAGAAGAGGAAGAAGAGGAUGAUUAUCACUGGUGUCCUGGUGAUCUGAACUUGGACCUAAACGAAUCAAAGUAUCCGGAAGAAAAUCGCUGUCCAGGAACCCGUGACUUAUUGAGUGGCAAAAAAGUACCUUGCAGUAAGGCUCGUGUUCUGCGUGAAAUUGCAUUGGGACGUAGAAUUCCCAGGACCAUCCUGCCACCCAGAGUGCCCUUCGAGGAGUAUGAGGAUGACGAGGAUGACCUGAUUGAGGACGAGGAAGAGGAAGAGGAAGAGGAUGAUUGCUGCUGUGCUAAAGGUGGAGAAGGAAGGCGAGACAGUCAAGGAAGAAUAAAGAAUCCGGACUUCAGAGCUGCCAAAAAGAAACCGUGUUGUGCUCCUAGGAGAGGAAAUAAGAGUAGCAAAUGCGUCUCCUUUGCCAAAUAGAGUAUUGAGAAUUGUAAGCCACGAUUGUGGAACGGAUGGAAGAAGCAAAAUAAAUAGUAGAAAAAAUAUGAACUAUUUGGACUUAGAUUUGCAUUCUGUUAUGUUAGCAGAUAGAAAUGACCUGUCAUUUUUGUUUUGUUUCACAGGGAAACGUAUCACGAAUGGUUUGGAACGUCGAAUCUGAUUAAAUUUAUGUGAGAAUGGAAAAUUCAGUAUUUUUAAAUAACUAUUGUCCUCUUGGGCAGUGGAAUAAUGUUCGGAACGAAGGGAGAUCCAUGUGUCUACAUUGUGGAAACAAACCCAACCUAAAAUGUCCUUUGAAAGGAAAUACUGAUAAUGAUCGCUUGUUCGACGCGCCACUACGUGGACAAGUUUUCGGUUUACCUCCGGGAUAUCCUGAUUCGCCGUUAGGACGUAAAAAAUUAACGAAUCGGGAAUUGCGAGAGCAUAUCGACAAGUAUGAUCUCUGGGACUAUACACCGGUUUGGCAGGUGCCUAGAUUGAAUUCUGUUUCGUGUUCAAUAUGUUGUCGCGAAUAUAUUUGCAACAAUAUGCCAAUGAAAAAGAUUAUUCGCAUGGCAAAGAAGAACAUGACCCUGGAUGGACCGAUCGGAGAACCAAAAAUAUAUUUUCCACGAUUUGGAAAACUAACAACUGAAACAAAACUGAAGCAGAAAUGCAACGGGCAGAAGUCAAAUGGAAAAAUAUGUAAUCGUUCCUGCAAUUCUAAAUAAGGAAACAGAGAUAGAAUAUUCAAAAUAUUUAUAGUCUCUUAUGAGAAAAAGACAUUGAAAAUGUAUAUUCGUGCUUAAGAAUCUUUAGCCAGUUUGUUAAAGUACUAUUGAAAAAUUUCAUGAAUGAAAGGC